AAGAAAAAAAUACUCGCUUAAAUAAAGCUUAAAAUAAGCGAGUAAAAGUCAUAAUGACGUUAAUUAUAAUAUAAAGGAACUGUUCAUAAAGACUGCUUUGUCUGCAAACUACCUAUACUCAAAAUACAGGAAGGAAGAUUUUCUUGCUAAACUCUUGCUAACUAAUAUGUUUAAGAGAGCUAUUCUUCCGAUGGUAAAAGCGUCUUAUAGAUUUCCAGUGCAAUCAUCUGUUUUUGCUUCUAGAAAUAGGGACAUAGCCAUUCGUGCAUUCACCUCAAAGGUGAAGAAGUCUUCGAGAGAUCAAGAGUUUGCGGUCCCUUCUGUCGAUGAGGAAGAAGAUAUGCUAAAUAACUUGAUGGGAAACGUUAAGGUCAAAUCUGCCGCAGAGGAGGGUGUUCCCGUUGAAGAGGUAAUAAUGAAACACCCAGAGUUGCUAAAGGAUGCACCUGCUCCUAUAAGAAAGGCUGUGGAACAAAUGAUGGCCUCCAGAAAUCUUAAAUCGGGAAAUAAAGACUCCGGAUCACCGUAAGAAGAAUUAAGGAUUUAAAUGCUUCCUUUUGCCUUGCUACUUCUUCAACUAUUUAUGAUUCCCACUUACUAUUUAAACACAUUUAUGAUUUCCAAUAUUACAAGUGUUUACCUGCGUACAUUCUUUAUAAUGAUUAACGAUGAUGACUAUGUUCGAAUAGCUAUGGCCUAUUUUAUGAAUAACUUAGUUC